GUAUUCUCUCGCGAUGUUUUACAACUGCUCCAAACACCCCAGUUGCCAAAUAAGCUAAAGCUAGUCUAAUUAGCUGAUAUGCUGCUAAGUUUACACAAAGUCUCAAUGAAGGCGCUUCUUGAGUGAUUGGGACAUGGAGUUGAGAAGCAUCAAGGAUCAGUCUCCAUUGAUCCAGGCCAUAUUCAGCCGAAAUGUCGAAGAUGUUGUAUUUUUAUUGGAGCACAACGAAAGUGUCAACGCUCAGGACCAAGAACAAAGCACCCCGCUUCAUGCUGCUGCUUAUAUGGGUGACGUUCAUGUCAUGGAACUGCUUAUAAAUGCAGGGGCAAAUGUAAACGCUAAGGACCAGGGCUUGCUCACUCCUUUACAUCGAGCCGCAGCCUCAAGAAAUGAAAGGGCUGUAGAACUGCUGCUAAAACACAAAGCAGAAAUCAAUGCAAGGGACAAAUUCUGGCAUACUCCCCUACACAUGGCAGCUGCAAACUGGGCCACCGGUUGUGCUGCAGCCCUCAUACCCCAUGUUUGCAGCCUGGAUGUUGCAGACAAAUUGGGAAGAACGCCUCUACAUCACGCAGCACACAGCGGCCACUCUGAGAUGGUAAACUUGUUCUUGCGUAAAGGAGCCAGUGCAAAUGCCAAAGAUAAGGAGGAGAGACAGCCGGUACACUGGGCAGCACAUCUUGGACAUUUGGACGUUUUGAAGCUGCUGUUGUCCCACAUUGUAGAUGUCAUGUGCAAAGAGAAACACGGUUACACUCCGCUCCAUGUUGCAGCUGCCAGCGGACACGUGGAGGCGGUCAGGUGUCUGCUAAGACUUCAGGUGGAGCCCGACGAGCCGAAUAAUUUUGGGAACACGGCACUCCACAUGGCCUGUCAUGCCGGCCAGGACUCUGUAGCCACUGAACUGGUGAACAGCGGCGCCAACAUAAACCAGCCCAACCAUCAAGGCAACACUCCGCUGCAUCUGGCCACCAUCUCUUCCAGCGGUGUGCUGUGUCUCGAGCUCCUAGUCAACAAUGGUGCUGAUGUCAACAUCCAGAAUAAGGAAGGAAAAAGCCCUUUACACAUGGCUGCAAUGCACGGACGCUUCACAAGCUCCCAGAUCCUGAUCCAGAAUGGUAGCGAGAUUGAUUGCUUGGAUGUAAACGGAAACACUCCUCUUCACGUUGCUGCAAGAUACGGUCAGGAGUUGCUGACCAGUACUCUGCUGACCAACGGUGCUGCCAGAGGCAGACAGGGGAUUCACAGGAUGCUUCCACUUCAUUUUGCGGCAUUGUUUGGCUUCCCAGAUUGUUGCCGCAAGUUACUGUCUAAUGGGCAGUUUUACAAUGUGAUUCAAGAUGGCCAGAUCCCAAACCUAGAGUUUGAUAUAAACACCCCAGAUGAUUAUGGGAGGACCUGCCUACAUGCAGCUGCCUCUGGAGGAAAUGUUAAGUGUCUAAAUCUGCUAAUAAAUAGUGGAGCUGAACUGGAUAUAAAGGACAACUUGGGGAGAUCUCCUUUGCACUACGCUGCAGCCAAUGGGAACAGCCAAUGUACAAUUUCUCUAGUGAGAGCAGGAGCUGAGGUCAACGAGGCGGACCUAACGGGCUGCAGCCCUUUGCACUAUGCUGCUGCUUCACACACUUUCUGUGGGGGGGGAUUACAAUACGAGACAGACCUCGGUGAGGAAAAAAGACAAGAAGCCUCCCUGUGUUUAGACUUUUUGCUCGACAGCGGGGCCAAUCCAACUCUGAAGAACAGCAGGGGUUACAGUGCUGUUCACUAUGCAGCAGCUUAUGGGAACAAACAGCAUCUAGAACUGCUCUUGGAGAUUUCUUUUAAUUGUCUUGAAGAGGUUGAGAGUAAUAUUCCAAUCAGUCCUCUGCACCUAGCCGCAUAUUAUGGGCACUGCGACGCCUUGUAUUUGCUUUGUGAGACAUUAGUCAGUCUGGAUGUGCGGGACAUUGAAGGCCAAACUGCGCUCCACCUUGCUGCGAAGAGAGGCUUUUCCAAAUGUGUGGAGGUCCUGUUGGAGCACCAAGCUUCCUACACAUUGAAGGAGUACAAGCAGAAGCGGACUGUUCUGCAUGCUGCAGCUGCUGAAGGCCAAGUGGACUGUCUGCUUUUACUGGUCAACAGGGAACAAAGUGCUAGUAUCAUCGACUGUCAAGACACACAGGGACAGACAGCUCUCACCCUGGCAGCUUUGGGACGUCACACCGACUGUGUCCACAUACUGUUGGAGAAAAAUGCAAAUCCAGAUGCUGCAGAUAAACAAGGCUUUACUGCCCUGCACAGAGCCGCAAUGUUGGGCAGUGAUGACUCUGUUCUGGCUCUGCUGGAUCAUGGGGCUUCUGCCCUGUGCAGAGACUCUCAGGGAAAGACACCGCUCCACCUUGCUGCAUCCUGUGGUCACACAAAGCUGCUCCACAUUCUGCUGAAAGCUGCAAAAAAAGCUGAUCCUCUGGACACCAUGUUGGACUUCAGGGGCUACACACCCACACACUGGGCUGCAUACCAUGGUCAUGAAGGAUGUUUACACGUUUUACUGGAGAACAAACUUUAUAACCAGGAAGGAAAUCCCUUCACUCCAUUGCACUGUGCUUUAAUCGGUGGACAUGAUGCUGCUGCUGGGCUUUUAGUGAAGACUGUCGGUCCUCAUAUUGUCCACACUGAUGACAAAGGACGGACGCCACUGCAUGCAGCUGCUUAUUCAGGGAGCGUUGCUGGGCUCCAGCUGGUCCUGGCUCAUGGAGUUCAGGUCAAUGCUGUAGAUCACUUUGGAUUCUCUGCUGUAAUGGUUGCAGCACACUGUGGACAGACCAUGGCUGUUGAGUUCUUGCUGCAAAAGGCGAAGCCAGACCUGACCCUGGUGGACGUCAAUAAUAACACAGCACUUCACUUAGCCUGCAGCAAGGGUCAUGAGAUGUGUGCUCUGUUGAUCCUCGGGGACAUCACUGAAUCCUCCCUCAUCAAUGCAAGAAACAACUCCCUCCAGAUGCCCCUUCACAUUGCAGCGAGAAAAGGCCUGGCCACUGUUGUGCAGGUGUUGCUGAGCAGAGGAGCAGCAGUUAUGGCUGUAGAUGAAGAUGGCCACACCCCAGCUCUGGCCUGCGCCCCAAACAAAAACGUAGCAGACUGCCUGGCCUUGAUCCUCUCCACCAUGAGGCCGUUUCCUCCCAGAGAGGCAGACACAGCCUCCCAUUUCGGCCCCGUCCUGAAGAACUGUAGCAUUGCUGCCACCUGCGGGUCCAAUGGAAACUUGUGUCAUGCUUAAAGACCGCCGGGCGAGCACCAAUGAAGGGAGUUUAUCAGCUCCGAGCUGCAAGUUAUGAACACGUGCCAAGCUGCUGCUCAUCAUGUAUAUCGUCCUGCACAAGUAGAGAUUUUUACGUCUCUUUACUCUCAGUCUUAUAUGUUCCUGUAGAGCUUUUAGAUUAAGUUUUGCAAAUCAUGAAUUACUAUGAAGAAUUUAAUGGGAGUGUUGAUGUGAGCGCAUUAAACAAGCUAAACUUAAACUCUGAAAAGUCAGUGUUAGCUUUUAGGUGCUCUUUAUAGCUCAGUGUGGGCAUUUUUCGAUCUGAGCCCUAUUUUAUCUGAUUUAAAUUUAUGAUAUUAAUGGGCACAAUUUCCAGUAUGUCGAAUAUUACUUGAUGAGCAUGAAGUGCCACAAAUUUUACUGAGAUCUUUUGAUUAUUUUAAAGGUUUCUGCACAGCCUGAAAAAUAUAGAUUUUUAUUUCAGUGUUUUUCAGGUCUGGAUAAGUGUGGAAGAAGAUAUUAUGGAAAAAUCUUCGUAUUUCCAGACUUGUCCCAUUAUCCCUCCUUUUGCCCUUCCUUUGUGUGCUUCCUAAUUGUGUCCUUUCUUUCUCCCUUCGUUUUGUCUCCUCUUUCCCACUUCCAUCCAUGUGCUCUUAUGCAUACUGUGGAGAUUCCUCCUUCUGUCCUUUCAUCCUUGUGUCCUACCCCUAGUUAGUUUAUUUUUCCUUUCUUGUGUUCAGUCUCCAUGUUUUCUUCCUUUUUCCUUCUCAGUGUCCUGCCUUCCUUCCAUGUGAACUUCUUUCCUUUCUUGUGUCCUUCAUGACUUCCUUUCUCGUGUUGUUUUUUUUGCUUUCUUAUGGUCACCUCCCCUUCUUUGCUAAUUUAAACCCUGACCACUUUAUAGAAAUCUGCCAUAAAUUCAUGCUAAACCUUACUAUUUUCUAUUUGAAAACAACUAUAAAAAACUGGGAACUCAGGAACGUUGCGUUUGGAAAGGUUUGGAGGUCUCAAAUGAAAAAUGAGUAGGAAUCCAGUAUUUUAGUGUUUGUCCUCUAUGACUAAGUCCCAUAGCCGAAUGGGUUAACUAGUUGUCAAGUUGUCAGACUUAACUUUUAUACACACCACUGUAUAUUUGAGAAUAUUGUUUUAUAAUGAUAUACGGAUUGUCAUUCUGGUAUAUAAAAUUUUGUGUCCUUCAACAAACUAAACCCUAAAUAUCAGGGAGUAUUUGGGGAAUUUUCCCAAUUUCAUGUUUUUCAUGCAAUAACAAGUGGCUGUUUGUUGUGCGAGUUUGAUCUACAAAUGCCUUGGAUUUGGUAUUUUAGAAACAUUUAAUAGAUGCUGUAAACUUUUAUGCAAUUAAUAAGACUAUUUUCUGAUUGUACAUUGGGAGUAACACUAAUAUAAUUAUUAUUACUAUAAAUGAUCAUUUAUAACAUUUCAUUUUUAAAAGAUUUUCAUCAAAUUGUUUACAGGAUGUGUAUUUAUAAAUACAUGUACUAUAUAGAAGAUUCAUUUAUAAAGAAAUAACCUCAGGUGAUUGCGUUCUGCACUGAAGGUGCAAUAACCAACAGAUGUAUCUGGAUGUUUCACAUUUAAAUAUUGCAACUUAAUAGAGAAGUAACAAAUUUCGGAUAAAUUAAUUUCAGUUAAAUGGUAAACUUUUAAUUAAAGUUUAAAAAAAUUGGAGUAUCUUAUUUUCUUGGCCAGUUUAAGACUAAAGGACAGUCAAACUAAACUAUUUUCAACAAAUGUUGACACCAAAAUGAAGACAUUUAAUUAGAUUUCUUUGCGACUUAUUGUUUGCCUGAUUCGUUGUAUUUUAAGCCUGAUUAAGCCGUUGUUUCCACAAUAAGUUAUUUUGUCUUUUUGAAAUGAAGACAGUCUUUCUAUUUGAGAUACUAAAGACAAACUGUUUAUCUUGGUUUUUUAUCUCAGUCUCAUUUUCCUUUUGAAUUUAGGCCCUUCCCCAGCUGUUUAUUCUCCUUUUUAGUUCUGAACACAUCUACAAUAAAUCAAGCAACCAUUGCUCUAUUUAAAGUGUUGUUGCUCAGUAAUACCUCCUUGUAUCUAUGGCUUUAAACCAUUUGCACAACUGUACAGCUUGCUUUAAGUAUCUACAAUCUGAAAAUAAAGGUAUUAUUUCAUGUUUGAAGUUAAAAACAAAUACUUGCAAAUAUUUUGAUUGAUGUUUGUCUGCAAGAGCUGCUCUGUGGUUAUGUGUUGCAUCUUACUGAGGUUUUUAAGACGAAAUAACUUCAAUACAGAAUUUUCUUUUACAUCUGGUUGCAAUUAUAUGACAGAGUAAAACAAACCAAUUUCA